AAUGUCAACGAAUACUGUAAAAAUGCUUUAAUAGCGUAAUAUUGAUAUUGAAGUAUCAUGUUUUGAAGAUAAAUUACAAAUUUCACCAUCUAAAUAAAAUAAAGAAAAUUCAUAUCUAUCAAAAUCUAAAACUUGUGAUAUGAAUGAUCUUGUUAGAUUACUAAAUAAGGUGGAUAUUCAAAGUACUUAAUAAGGAGGUAGUAUUAUUAUUUAAUCAAUAGACUAAAUUGAAUAGGAAUAAGAUAGUACUCCUAAGAAAUAAAUAUAAUAAGGAAAAACCUGUAGAUAUAUUCCUUUGAGAAGUGGAUAGAAGUAGAGUUUGAAUGAAGAAUUUCAAUAUCGAGAGAUUGAAGAAGAGAAUUAAGAACCAUAAAAAGGUAGUGAUUACAAAGACUAGGGAAAUGUUACACUGAAAGAUAUCUAUAAGAUGCAUGUGUUUGGAUAACCAUUAUAAAGUGAAUAGCUUUAAUGGGAAUCAAAAAAUUUAUUGUGUUUUGCUGACAAUACUCCUUCAAAACGAAAAAUAUUGUCAGACAUAAAUCCAGCUAUUUUGGAAACUUACUAAAACUUAAUGGAUUAUAGAGAACAAUACUAAAAUAGUUAAGAUUAUUAAUUCAGUUAAAGAAAGAUAAGUAAAGUACCAUUUAAAGUAUUGGAUGCUCCUUAAUUAUAAGAUGAUUUCUAUUUAAAUCUUAUAGAUUGGAGUUCUUAAAAUGUGUUAUCAGUUGCUCUAUCCUCAUGUGUUUAUUUAUGGUCAGCAUAUAAUAAUAGAGUAACUAAGUUUUGUGAUUUUGGUAAUAAUGAUAUGGUUUGUUCAUUGAUAUGGAAUCCAUAAGGAAAUCAAUUGGCUAUAGGAACUGGUUCAGGAGAAGUUCAUAUAUAUGAUUAAGAGAAAAUGAAAAGAAUAUAAAUAUUGGAAGGACAUUCUGCAAGAGUGGGAUCUUUGGCUUGGAGUGGAAAUGUAAAUUUAUUAUUUAUAAAUUAGACUCUAUGUUCAGGUUCUAAAGAUAGAUCUAUAAUUUUACAUGAUCCAAGAUAAAAAAGACAAACUGGAAAAUUCGAAGGUCAUAAAUAAGAAGUUUGUGGAUUAAAAUGGUCACCAGAUGAAUAUUAAUUAGCUUCAGGAGGAAAUGAUAAUAAAUUAUUUGUUUGGAGAAUGGGCUCAUAAAUUCCAUUAGCUAAAUUUAAUUAACAUUAGGCAGCUGUAAAAGCUAUUGCUUGGUCUCCACAUAGACAUGGUUUAUUAUCAUCAGGUGGAGGAACUGCAGAUAGAACUAUUAGAUUUUUCAAUACUCUAACUACUCAAUAAUUAGAUUGGAUUGAUACUGGUUCAUAAGUUUGUAAUUUAAUGUUUAGUAAAAAUGUAAAUGAAUUUGUAUCAACUCAUGGAUAUAGUAUGAAUUAAAUAGUUUGUUGGAAAUAUCCUGCCUUAUAAAAAGUAUUUGAUAUUCAAAUUCUAGGUUACCACUUUAAUGGGUCAUACUUCUAGAGUCCUAUUUUUGGCAAUGUCACCAGAUGGAGAAACUAUAGUGACUGGAGCUGGAGAUGAGACUUUGAGAUUUUGGAAUGCUUUCCCAAGAAAAGAAUAAGCUUAACCAAUCAAUACUGUAUUACUACCUUAGAUGAUAAGAUGA